AUGGGAAGUCAUCCUUGGUUCACCUUUGCUCUCUUUUCUCUCAUGUUAGAUCCUAAAGGACCAAAAUUUACAUUGCAAGACUGGUUUUCAACUGAUCACCACGCAACCCAUUGGUUCCCUCAGGCUCAGAAAUCUUGGGCGCCACUUGAAUUGCCCCUGGCGAGGACGGCAGCUUCAGUCAUCACAGCCGCUGCGAUCCUGGCGCGGCGAAGAGGGCCUUGGCGGCAUCCUUGUCGAUCACGAUUGUUGUUUGGCUUCUUGGCAGUCGUUUUGGCGGCGGAGGUUGAAGAAGGAGAAGGUGGGUUGGGAGCAGGGAGGGCACUGGAAGUCGCGGAAGGAGGAAUUGGCGGCGACGCAUGCAGAGUGAGAGAUGGAAGGGCACAUGACCUGGUCACGUACUGGAAGGGGUUGCUUGUAGAAGUCGAGGCAGAUAGGGCAGAAGAGGCCUGGGUUGUUCUUGAGGAAGCAGUUGGUGCAGAGCUUACGAUAAAUUCCUCUGUGGCGGACGUAGUGGAGGAACCACCGCUCUGUGGAGCCGCAGACGCUAGAGUUGCUUAUCGAGCUCGGGUAGGUCAAGCUUCAUUGCUAUUGAGUGUGAGAUUGGAGGGUCGGGAUUAUUGGGUAACGGUAACCCUAGGAGGAGGAAGAAGAAGACGACGAGGGAGGUGGAAUUUAGGGUAUUUUUGGGUGCGAAUAGGGGCUAGGAGAAGACGAGGUUCAGAGCCGAAAAUUUAUAUGAUUUUAAAUUAUUUUUUUAAGUAG